AUGGGUUCGACGGCAGUUGAAGACCUGAUUGAGGCUUCAUCAGGGGCUCAUUUCUCGGGGUUUCAUCUAAAAAAUCCAAGCACUUCACAAGUUGAGCAGCCAACUACUUCUGCACCUGAAAGUGUCAAGCAACCUUUUGUCAUAGGGGUUGCUGGAGGUGCAGCAUCUGGGAAGACUACAGUUUGUGAUUUGAUAAUAGAACAGCUUCGUGAUCAGCGUGUUGUUCUCGUUAACCAGGAUUCCUUUUACCACAGUUUGACACCGGAGGAACUUAAAAGAGUUCAUGAAUACAAUUUUGACCAUCCUGAUGCAUUCGACACAGAGAAAUUAUUGUGCAUAUUGGAUAAAUUAAAAUGUGGUCAGGCAGUUGACAUCCCAAAAUAUGAUUCCAAGAGCUAUAAAAAUGACGUGUUCCCAGCUCGAAGAGUAAAUCCGUCAGAUGUUAUUAUUUUAGAAGGUAUUCUCAUCUUCCAUGAUCCGCGUGUCCGGAAUUCAAUGAAUAUGAAGAUAUUCGUAGAUACAGAUGCUGAUGUACGGUUGGCGAGGAGAAUAAGGCGUGAUACAGUAGAAAAGAAUCGAGAUAUUGGUAUGGUGCUUGAUCAGUACUCAAAAUUCGUAAAGCCUGCCUUUGAUGAUUUUAUACUCCCAACAAAAAAGUAUGCUGACAUCAUCAUUCCGCGUGGAGGAGACAAUGCUGUUGCAAUCGAUUUGAUCGUCCAACAUAUACGAACUAAACUUGGUCAACAUGACCUGUGUAAAAUCUAUCCUAAUUUAUAUGUUAUUCAUUCAACUUUUCAGAUACGGGGUAUGCACACACUUAUACGUGAUUCUCAAACGACGAAGCAUGAUUUUGUGUUUUAUUCUGAUCGGUUGAUACGCUUGGUAGUUGAACAUGGUCUUGGGCAUCUGCCAUUUACAGAAAAGCAGGUGAUCACUCCAACUGGAUCUGUUUACACUGGAGUAGACUUCUGUAAGAGAUUAUGUGGUGUCUCUGUAAUCAGAAGUGGUGAAAGCAUGGAGAAUGCCUUACGAGCAUGUUGCAAAGGAAUUAAAAUUGGCAAAAUUCUUAUUCAUAGAGAAGGUGACAAUGGUCAACAGCUGAUCUAUGAAAAGUUGCCAACAGACAUCUCAGAUAGACAUGUACUAUUGUUGGAUCCGAUCCUCGGCACAGGCAAUUCAGCAGUUCAAGCUAUUUCCCUUCUUAUCAAGAAGGGCGUGCCCGAGUCCAACAUCAUAUUCCUCAACCUCAUUUCUGCACCUCAAGGAAUCCAUACUGUGUGCAAAUGUUUCCCACGUGUAAAGAUAGUGACCUCUGAGAUUGAAAUCGGCUUGAACGAAGAUUACCGUGUUAUCCCUGGUAUGGGCGAAUUUGGUGACCGGUACUUUGGCACAGACGACGAUUGA